ACGCCUCUUCCAGCCGCAGCCCUAGCCCUCCACUCCUCCCACCCCCCGCCGCCACCCAGUGCUCUGCUCGCAUCCUCUCCGUCGCCAACACCGCCGCUCGUCUGACCCCUUCGGUCGAUCUCGAAUGCUUGCUCCCAUCGUCUGAUCGCACGCCGUAGCUUGAUUCUCUCUCUCUCUGUCUCGUGAUCUCGCUUGGGGAUCGGAGCAGGUCCUGCAGAAGCUCGAGAAGCUCAAGCACAAGAAGAAGCGCCUCGUGCAGUCCCCCGACUACUUCCUCAUGGAUGUCAAGUCCCAGGGCUGCUUCAACAUAACGACCGUGUUCAGCCACUCUCAGACCAUGGUGGUGUGCCCAGGUUGGGAGACGGUGCUCUGCCGGCCUACAGGAGGAAAGGCGAGGCUCACUGAGGGAUGCUCCUUCUGCCGCAAGGGCAACAAAGGAAUAUCACGCUCUUCGUAUGGCGAUCUCAUCUACCACUGCAACGGAUAUUGUCACACCAUCGAUGUGUUCACCGGUGUGGAGGUUUCAACUCCACGUCUCCCAUCCAGUGCCAAAUGUGGGAAAAAUUCUAUCAGAAUGGCAUUCUGAAAGCCCCCCUUGCAUCACCCCCAACUCACAUCUCCUUGUCAGUUCCUACCGACUCCUCCCUGUUUGAUUGGCAUGUUGGAAGUGACUCUUGGUCUGAAGUGCAUAUCCUGAUCUGGUGGUAAUAGACCAGAUUGUGGGAUUCAAUGAGCAGUUCCUUCUCUCGGAGGGCUUUGGGAGCAUCUAGAUCUGCAGUUGGCCCCUCAGCUUGGUCCGGAGGAGAUAACACCCGCGAUCCAGGACAGGAGUGAACACCAGGAUUAGGAAGGAUGGCGGCUGGUGGUUUGUGGUGACAUGCUUCUCAUGCACAAUGCUAAUUGGCUCUACUGCCUUAACAUGUCAAUCAAGCCUGCGGUAUGGAUGGUUGUGGAGAAGCUGAACAAACUGGGCAGUCGUUUGGGGGGAGGAAGUGAAGAGCGCGCCACUUUCUUGCAUGAGCCCGGAACUAUGGGCCAUGGGGCAGGAUGCAGGAGAAGCAACAUUGUGUACUUUACCCGUAAAUCUCAAACUUGGAUCUCUCUGGGCUAUGUGGCGAGCCGCAUCCACCCGGCAUAGGAAACCAUUGUUCUACUCUGGCGGCCAAUGAUGCGGUCCAACCACCACUUGCCGCGGUACUAACUUCUUCUGAAUUUGAUUUUUUGCUGCGUGGAUAGGGGAUGUUAUUUGGGUGUCACUGAA